AUGAAUAUUGUCGAAUGGGCAUUUGGAAAACGUAUGACCGCAGCAGAGCGGCUCAGAAAACAUCAGAGAUCUCUCGAGAAGACGCAGCGGGAACUGGACCGCGAACGAGUCAAGCUUGAGAACCAGGAGAAGAAGUUGAUACAGGAGAUCAAGAAGAGUGCGAAGAAUGGGCAGAUGGGAGCAUGCAAGAUCCAGGCAAAGGAUCUGGUGCGGACGAGGAGAUACAUUGAAAAGUUCUACUCCAUGAGGACACAGCUGCAGGCUAUUUCGUUGAGAAUCCAGACUGUCCGCACGAACGAGCAGAUGAUGCAGGCGAUGAAGGGUGCGACAGGUGUCCUGGGCAACAUGAAUCGAAGCAUGAACCUACCGGCUUUACAGCGGAUAGCGAUGGAGUUCGAGAAGGAGAACGAUAUCAUGGACCAGAGACAAGAGAUGAUGGACGAUGCGAUCGACGAUGUAACCGGCCUUGAAGAUGAAGCCGAGGGAGAGGAGGUAGUGGAACAAGUUUUGGAAGAAAUUGGAAUUGACCUCAAGAAUGCUAUGGGAGAGACUCCUUCCGGCCUUCAAAGUACCGCUGUGCCAGAAGGACGAGUCGCACAAGCUAUCGGCGGUGGUCCUGGUGGAGGUGAUCCAGGAGAUAAUGAUCUCCAAGCCAGAUUGGACAGCUUGAGAAGAUGA